AUGGUGCCCGCCGUCACAGCCAAGUACGACUGGAUUCUGGCCCUUACCACGAUCGCCUUCGUCUUCAGUGCUUUCGGUAACGGAGCGAACGAUGUCGCCAACGCCUAUGCGACCUCUGUCGCCGCCAGGACACUCAACAUGGCCACGGCCGGUGUCUUGGCAAUUUUCACAGAGUUCAUUGGCGCAGUAGCCAUGGGCGCCCGAGUUACGGACACAAUCAAGAAUGGAAUCAUCAACAUCGACCGAUACGAAGGCAAGCCUGGUGCUCUCAUGCUGGUCAUGGGUUGUGCGGAAAUUGGCAGUGCAACUUGGUUGAUGUUUGCCACCAAGAUGGGCUGGCCUGUCUCAACCACGCAGACUAUUGUCGGUGCCCUGGUUGGAGUUGGCUUUGCUUCUCAAGCUUCUAUUUCCUGGGGCUGGUCCAAAGGAAGUGUUUCUCAGGUCGCCGCAUCUUGGGGUAUCGCCCCUCUCGUGGCAGCCGGUUUCUCAGCCGUGAUUUUCGGCACGCUCAAGUACAGUGUGCUCGAGAGGAAGGAUUCUUUUAAGUGGGCAAUGCGAUUGAUCCCUGUUUAUCUCGCCUUGACAGGAGCCAUUCUCGCACUGUUCAUCGUGGUUGAAGCCCCCACGGCUCCAUCCUUGGAAGAAUUCGGUGCCGGCAAAGCCGCCGGUAUUAUCGUUGGAGUAUUCUUCGGCUGUCUCCUCGUCGCUUAUGUGUUCUUCAUGCCUUACUUCAAGCGUCGUCUCAUUCACAAUGACCCCCGCAUCAAGUUCUACCACAUCCCACUCGGCCCUCUCCUGCUGAGAGAGAACCCGCCUUUGUACUUCCCAGGAAAGGGCGACACCGCGGUGACCAGCUACUAUGAAGAUGCCUUCGGCGAAGUGCGCGCCGUGCAGAAAGACGAGGAAAAGCACAAAACCAUCGCAAACGCGGACUCGGUGAUGCCGACGCCCGAAAUCACCGCCCAGACCAAGUCAGAGCAUGUGGGUGACGACGAAGAGAAGAAGCUGGAUUCGGCCAGCUCGUCACCAAACAUCAAACCGCGCAAGAAGCACCUCGAGCCAGUUGAACGUUUCAUAGACCCAGUUCGAGAUCUGUCCUGGACGAACCCUCGAAAGAUAUACGGGUACCUGAAAUGGGUCUUGCUUCAGGGCGUAACGCGCGAUGUGAUCACACAUGACUCUCCCGAAUUGCGAGCCAUUCAUGCUCGCGCACACCGUUAUGACGACCGAGUCGAGCACCUGUGGACAUAUUGCCAGGUUGUAUCUGCGAUGAUGAUGUCGAUUGCCCACGGAUCCAACGACGUGGCCAACGCCGUUGGGCCUUGGGCUGCUGUGUACAGUACCUAUCGUGCUGGAGUUGUCGAGACUGAGGCCCCGACACCUAUUUGGUUCCUUGUCAUUGCAGGUUUGUUGCUUGGUCUGGGCUUUUGGUUUUAUGGAUACCACAUCGUUCGUGCAUUGGGUAACAAGAUCACUCAAAUGUCACCCACGCGUGGAUUCAGUGUUGAGCUCGGCGCUGCGAUCACCGUGCUCCUGGCUUCACGACUUGCAUUGCCUGUUUCCACGACACAAUGCUUGACAGGAGCCGCUAUGGGUGUGGCGCUGAUGAACUAUGAUCUCGGUGCUGUUAACUGGAGGCAAUUAGCCUUCAUCUUUGGUGGCUGGGUCCUGACCCUUCCUUGCGCCGGUUUGAUAUCGGGCCUGAUCUGUUUGAUGGCGCUCAAUGCCCCUCAUUUGUAA